CAAGCCGGCUCGUACGUGCACCUCCGCCGGCAGCUCCUGACUCAUCGGGGGCUCCGGGUCACAUGCUCCCGACAGCCCUGCAGGCGCCGCCCCCUGCCCGCCCGCGCCGGGAGCCGCAUCUGCCGCCACCGCCACUCGAGUCCUCCCUGCGCUGCCACAGCCAGCAGAGCCUGCAGCUCUGAACAAGACACCCCCAGCCAUCAUGUCCAUAGAGAAGAUCUGGGCUCGGGAGAUCCUAGACUCCCGUGGGAACCCCACGGUGGAGGUGGACCUCCACACUGCCAAAGGUCUUUUCCGAGCUGCAGUCCCCAGUGGAGCUUCCACUGGUAUCUAUGAAGCCCUGGAACUGAGAGAUGGCGACAAACAGCGUUACUUAGGCAAAGGUGUCCUGAAGGCAGUGGACCACAUCAAUAACACCAUCGCACCUGCCCUUCUGAGCUCAGGUCUGUCUGUGGUGGAGCAAGAGAAACUGGAUAAUCUCAUGCUGGAGUUGGAUGGGACUGAGAAUAAAUCCAAAUUUGGGGCUAAUGCCAUCCUGGGUGUGUCCUUGGCUGUGUGUAAGGCAGGGGCAGCUGAGCGGGAAUUACCUCUCUAUCGCCACAUUGCUCAGCUGGCUGGGAACUCAGACCUCAUCCUGCCUGUGCCGGCCUUCAAUGUGAUCAAUGGUGGCUCCCAUGCUGGAAACAAGCUGGCCAUGCAGGAGUUCAUGAUCCUUCCUGUGGGGGCUGAGAGCUUCCGGGAUGCCAUGCGGCUCGGUGCUGAGGUCUACCAUACCCUCAAGGGGGUCAUCAAGGACAAGUAUGGCAAGGAUGCCACCAACGUGGGGGAUGAAGGUGGCUUUGCUCCCAACAUCCUGGAGAACAGUGAGGCCUUGGAGUUGGUGAAGGAAGCCAUCGAUAAGGCUGGCUACACGGAGAAGAUUGUCAUUGGCAUGGAUGUUGCUGCCUCAGAGUUUUACCGUGAUGGGAAGUAUGACUUGGACUUCAAGUCCCCAGCAGAUCCUUCCCGAUACAUCACUGGGGACCAGCUGGGCGUGCUCUACCAGGACUUUGUCAGGGACUAUCCUGUGGUCUCCAUUGAGGACCCAUUUGACCAGGAUGACUGGGCAGCCUGGUCCAAGUUCACAGCCAAUGUAGGAAUCCAGAUCGUGGGUGAUGACCUGACAGUGACCAACCCAAAGCGUAUUGAGCGGGCAGUGGAGGAAAAGGCCUGUAACUGUCUGCUGCUCAAGGUCAACCAGAUUGGCUCAGUCACUGAAGCCAUCCAGGCGUGCAAGCUGGCACAGGAGAACGGCUGGGGGGUCAUGGUGAGUCACCGCUCAGGGGAGACCGAGGACACCUUCAUUGCCGACCUGGUGGUGGGGCUGUGCACUGGUCAGAUCAAGACUGGUGCCCCAUGCCGUUCUGAGCGUCUGGCUAAGUACAACCAGCUCAUGAGAAUUGAAGAAGAGCUGGGAGAUGAAGCACGCUUCGCUGGACAUAAUUUCCGCAACCCCAGUGUGCUGUGAACCCUCUACUUGCCUGGACACUUGGACCCUCUGUCCCAGCCUCUUGGAACCUCCUCCUCACUGUCCUGCGCUGUGGUAGUUCACCCCCAUCCCCAUCCUGAGCCCAGGGCACGGAGAACCCCUGACUAACCUGCUCUGGCUGCUUCUCCAUGAACCCAAGCCCUGCUUCUUUGCUCUCUGAGCCCUGUCCUCUGGGGUUCCAUUCCUUGCAUUUCCCCUUUCUAUUCUCUUCCCUCAAUGACUGGAACAAGGAUUUGUAAAAGGGUCCGUGGAAGGACAUCUUUCUGUGAUGGGAGCUUCUGGGCUGGCGUGUUGAGGUGUUGGGAGUGGGACCAUGUGUCACUGCCUCCCCUGUCCUGUGUGUCUUCCAUGUUGCGUGUGAGCCAUGAACUGUGUGGAGUGUGGUGGGUGUGUGGUCAUACAUAGCUAGGGCUUUAGUGCAUUUAUUUAUUUAUUUAUUUAUUUAUCUAGUUAUUUAUCUAGUUAUUUUUCAUUCAUCCUUUUAAUUACUCAUCUCCCUAUAACUAUAGGAACUGAAAGCCUGACUUGAGGGGACUGCCUUUAUAUGUCAUGUGGCUGUGAUCCCACAAUGAGCAGGGGCGGGAGGUUUUGCUGACCUGGGAAGGGUAAUCAAGAACAGCCUUAACAUCUGUUGUGUUGUGUUAACCGAAGCCUGGGCUGGUGCAGAGUGGGGUGUGUGCCUGGGGGCUCCUCCUCUAUUUUCUCUCCCCAGCCCUAGAUUCUCUGUUCCUCCUCCAGCUGCUCGCUCUCCUGUGCCGUGUUCCACAGUUGCCACCACCACUAUGGCGUUGAAAUGAGCACCACUAUUAAAGUCUGAGUCACAGUGCA